AGCUCUGCCGGUGCCCCUCACUCCUGACCCGCAGCCCCUGCUAGCCCAGAUCCCCCGCCCCCAGCUCUGCUAAUACUCCUUGGUGGGGGGCGAUGGGUGUGUGGUUUGUGCAUGUGGACGCAGGGAGACUGUGAAAAUGGGGCUUGGUCUGGAGGCGGGAUUGUGUGUGUGUAACACUGCCCCGUGCUGGAGGGGACUGGGGUGGUGUGUGUGUCUGAGCGAUGUCGCCAUCUAGUGGCUGCAGCUCACACGCGGGAUUGAAUUCCUGGACAAACGAGGGGAGAUUGAUCUUGGGAGGAGGGGGGAGGGCGGAGGUGAGCGCAGGGCGGAUCAGGGCUGGGUGUUUGACACCCCCCCUUUGUCUUCCCUGCAGGCAACGUGGCCUGGAUGCAUGUGCUGGUGGCGCGGCAGAUGCAGGAUGCCCCGGCGGCCAUCGGGGGCCAGGUCUACUUCUGCUACGACGCCUCCCCCUACAAGAGCUACGAGGACUUUAACAUGGAGAUCCUGGCCUCCUGCGGCUUCCGCCUCCUGGGCUCCCAGCCCGUCGUGCCCCACUGGCUCCUGCGUUGCCUGGCCCUGGCCAACAACCUCCUCCGGCGGCUUCUCCGGCCCUUCUUUUCCUACGCCCCCCUGCUCAACCCGUACACCCUGGCCGUGGCCAGCACCACCUUCACGGUGCAGACGGACAAGGCCCAGCGCCACUUCGGCUACCAGCCUCUCUACACCUGGGAGGAGAGCCGAGCCCGCACUGUGGCCUGGAUCCAGGAGGUCGACGCCCAGAGAGAGGCGGGGAAGUAGAGCCGGUGGAGCCAGAUAGUAGUGGGGGACUGAGCAGCUGGGCCUUGGUUCCAGCCUGCAUGUUUCUUUGCAAUGAAUCCAGCUCCGGAGAGAGGAAUCCAGAUCCAGGUGUUGUUCCAACCCGCCAGUGCCAGGGGAUGUGGGAAUCCGGAUCCGGUUUUGCUCCAUCCCGUGGCUGUCAGAGCAGGGGAUGGGGGAAUCUGGAUCCGGUUUUGCUCCAUCCCGUGGCUGUCAGAGCAGGGGAUGGGGGAAUCUGGAUCCAGGUUUUGCUUCCAUCCUGUGGGUGUUGGAGCAGGGGAUGUGGGAAUCUGGAUCCGGUUUUGCUCCAUCCCGUGGCUGUCAGAGCAGGGGAUGGGGGAAUCCGGAUCCGGGUUUUGCUCUGAUCCUACCUACAUCCUUCUAGUGAAUCUGGCUCCAUGGAGAUGGAUUCCGGAUCCGGGUUUUGCUGCCAGCCUGUGCACCUCAGUGCAGAGGCAUUGGCCAGUCCAGGUCUUGUCUCAUCCCAGCACACCGCGACCCGGUUUCCUUGGGAUCCAGAUCUGUGAUCCACUCCCGGAAUCCAGGUUUUGCCUCCCCCCCCCCCCCCAGUGCAUUCCUGCAGACCAUCCCGCUCUGAUUGCAAAUGGAUCCAGAUCUGGAUUUUGUUACCACCCUGGUGCUUUGGUCUAGAUCCCCAGUGCACUUCUGGGGAGGAACCAGCUCUACCCUAAAGGGAUCUGGACAUCGGACGUCCCCCCCCCCCCCCAGCCCCAUGUCAUCGCAGAGGUGGGUCAGACAGCUGGACCCGGAUCCUACUCAAGAAAUCUGGCUCCUGGACUCCAUUGUCCAUGGAGAUCCUGCUCCGGGAUUUCUUUCCAACCUAUGUAUUGGCCACCAGCCUGGACUCCAUGCUCCCUGGAGGCCAACCCACGUAUUAGACCUCUUGGAUUGGAGUCCAUUCCCCAUUGGACUCCAGCUCCAGGCUUUCCUUCAGUGCGUGAAUAUCUCUGGUCUAAGCAUUAAUUUCCUCAAUUAUUAUUAUUAUUAUUAUUAUUUUAUUAUGACUAAUUAUAAGAAGAGGCCUAAAGCCCACAGCACAUUCCACCCAGACGUGCCAAGCAAAGUCUGGUAACUUAUGUAUUAAUUAAACUGUUAAAGGAUCACUUGA